AAAAAGUGAAAGCUGGUCAUGAGUUGGAUCUGCGCCUAUAAAUAUACACACAUUUCUCGAUCCAUACCAACAUUACUCUCCAACCUCAAAAUUAACCCUUCCCGUAGCAACAAACCGGAGAAAUGGAAAUGACGGCGGCUCCGGAAGGCGGUUUAAUCAAAAAGUCCAACGAGGAGUGGCGUGCGGUUCUAUCUCCUGAUCAGUUUAAGAUUCUUAGGGAGAAAGCUAUUGAGAAGAGAGGGUCAGGAGAGUAUGUGAAGUUGUUCGAGGACGGAAUCUACUGUUGUGUUGGUUGUGGCAAUCCGGUUUAUAAAUCAACCACUAAAUUCGAUUCCGGUUGCGGUUGGCCUGCGUUUUUCGAUGCUAUUCCCGGCGCCAUUAACCGAACCGAGGAGAGAGCUGGAUUAAGAUAUGAGAUCACUUGCACAAAAUGUGAUGGACAUCUUGGUCAUGUCUUUAAAAAUGAAGGUUUUCCAACACCAACGGACGAACGCCAUUGCAUCAACAGCGUUGCACUCAAGUUCUCUUCCGCGAUUCCGUCUCAGUGAUAAACCGAUCCGGUUUUGUUCUCCAGAAUCAACUCUAUCUAUGAACGUUGAUUCCUAAGAGAACUUUCUAUGUACUUCUGUUCUAAUGAGAAUGUUUGUGUGUUUUCAUUAUGAAAAAGUAAUGCUUUAUGUAUCAUUUAAAUUGUUUGUAAAAAAGAAAAAUUGUUUGUGUGAUAUAUUGUGCUAUA